AUCGAGAAGUGGGCUACUGGGUCCGAAAGAUAUGGAUCUGGGUUAUUUUAUUAGCCCCUCCCUCUCCUCUUUUCCGAAUUUAUCUCCCCGCCCUUCCCCCAAGUUUACAUUAGGGGGCAACAUAUACAUACACACACAUGUAUGUAUAUUUCUUACGCAUAAUAACACAAACUAACUGUUUCAACUGAGGCUUUGCAUUUCAUUUCACUACCAGGUUAAGCGUAUUGGUUGUGCAAUUCAGCAUUCUUUCCUAAUUGACUCUUGUUAAAUUUAUAGAAGCAGAUGAGAACAGUUUCGAUGUGCUUCUCACUUUUGCAAGUUCCCAGAUGUAGAUUUCAUACUUUAGCUAGUUCUUGGUGGGAUAACUUCCACAAACUAGGUAGGACGGGAGUAAAAGGCUCUAGAUUAGAUCAUCUUCGUUCUAACAACAGUGAUCUUGAUGGAGGACAUACUAGGAAAUAUGUUAGAACUGUGACCACAAAAACAGAUCAGAAAAGGAAAAGUGCCUUGAACAAAAAAUCUGAAGUUGUUGGACAUGGAAUGACUUUAUCAAGCAAUGAGUUACAUACAAACAAAUUAGAGAUAAGUACAGUUGAAAGAAAGGACUUUGGAACUCAACAAAAGGUUACUGAGAACAAAGAGUUGGCCAAACUCAUGACUAUCAUCAUUUUCGACAUUGAAACUACAGGUUUUAGCAGGGAGAAUGAACGAAUUAUUGAGAUCGCACUUCAGGAUCUUGUCGGGGGUGAAAACAGCACUUUUCAGACUCUUAUAAAUCCUGAAUGCUAUGUGCCUAAUUCACAUAUUCACGGCAUCUCAACACAUAUGGUUAGCAGGCCUGAUGUCCCAAGGAUGAAGGAACUCAUUCCCAUAUUAGUGGAGUAUAUACAGAGCCGCCAGAAACCUGGUGGUCAGGUUCUGUGGAUUGGUCACAAUGCUCGGUCUUUCGAUGUUCCUUUCUUGAUUAAGGAAUUUAGUCGUUGCUCUAUUGAGAUUCCGAAGGAUUGGAUAUUCAUGGACACACUUCCUCUAGCACGGGAAUUAGUGAAGUCUGGAGGACCAAACUGUCCUUCAAAAACGUCACUGCAAGCGCUUCGUGAACACUAUAAAAUUCCGUUGGUUGGUUCAGCGCACAGAGCCAUGUCAGAUGUGUACUCGCUAUCACUAGUUCUCCAAAGGAUGACUUUUGACUUGAAAGUACCUAUAUCUGGACUUCUUGAUAGAUCUUUUAAAGCAUCAGAAGUAAGUAUUGCUAAGAAGAAGAAGAGUUCAAGGUAGUUCCUGAUAGUGCAGCAAUGGUUGUGAAUUCAGUUUUACUGCAAAUAUAUGGCCACCAUAUUAUAUCCAGUUACAACUAACUUACGUCAACACUGUAAGGCGAUCUCAGGGUGGGUGAAAAAGAUUUGUUGGACAUCUGUAACGGUUUGGAACCAAACUCAUAUCUUUAGGGUUGUCCGAUCAUGUACUCAGCAAGUUUAACUUGCUAUAUUGGUUGAAAAUCACUGAAGAACCUCAACACCUGGUCAGCUUUACUAUUGAAUUGUGUUACCAACACCAUGAAGUACUGUAUCCAUUUUUAGGGCUGACACAUGUUGUAUAAUGAUAAUUAAUUAGGUGUAGCAGCCAUUGAUGAUUGUAUGCAACAUUUAUACAUUAAUGAUCUGAAAUAUAAUUUGCGUUCGGUUA